GCUGAAUCAAGCUGGUACAACAAGUAGUGCACUCUGGUUAGAAGGUCGUGAUGAAGAUGAAAAUCACAACUACAGGGUUGCAGCUGGCACACCUCCUGCUGGUUCUAGAAGUGGUCGUAUUAUAGGAGGCACGACUUCACGAACGUCUUACAACGGCCUAAGAACUCGUCGUGGGCUGGAGCGUAGCGGUGAGGGGCUAGUGCGCCAGACAAACAAGGCACAGCAUUAUUCCUCAACAGUAUCAGGUCAGGGCACAACUCGACGGCCAACUUUUUCCAGAGGAAGCCGUACUAAGAGAUCAUCCUGCUCUAAGUCGUUAGAGAACAAUACUUCUUCAUCAUCAUCAUCAUCAUCAUCCUCAUCUAGUAGUAGCUGCACUCGAUCAAGAAAAUCGCCAGCGAAUACCACUCCUAGAGGUAAAAGAAGAUCCGCAACGAAGACAACUAGAAGAUUGCCAACGGAAAGUACAGGCUAUGAUAGGGUAAAUUCAUCUCGUCCUCGUCGGAGAAGAGGAAAUGGUCGUGCACCCUCGACUUCUUCUAGUUCGUCUGAGAGAAGUCGCGAGAAGCACUGGGGUCGAAGGCGUGGUAGCUCCUCUGAGAGAAGUCGGGAAAAAGUGCGGAAGUCGCGACUGAACGACAGGAACGCACCUCUUAGAGCCAGACACACCGCAACCGAUCGUGAUCGACCCCACAACUACACGCAUUCUGGUAGAGGCCGACCGAGUCCAAGACCAUCAUCCAGACGACCUACGUCAUGGGACCGACCGAGGGCCAGCAGAGAUGACAGGGCAUCUCCAAGGGCGAGGCCUUCGCACAACAGGAUUUCUAGCACAAACUACCGACUAUCUACGACCCGCGCAUCCAGAAGACGACCGGCAUCAAGUUCAAGCGUCUCUUCUUGCCCGUCACGACGCAGAUGGAGGUGGCAAGAGGAUACUAGCGGCCCACAUGACAUGAUGAGCAGUGGUGGCCCAUCUGCUUCUUCACGACAAAGAAAUAGGCAGAAACACUACGGCUACAGGUACAGAGCGUAUUGCAGACCCAAUGUUGGACGACGAUGUACUACUAGAGCCGCAUUGGAGGACGCAGAUUCGGACGAUUUGUGCUCAUCUCGCGACUCUUCUAAUCUCCAGAGAGGACAGCAUUCGACUCAUCGGAGGGGGCGUCGACGUUCGUAAGAACGAUGCUACAAAUCUUCGCACGAUGAGGACGUCAGAUGCCUUCACAGGAAGCGAAAGAGAAAUUGGAAUCCGAGAAUGGGCCAGGAUAAUGCUGAUAGAUGGACAAGGGUCUGCACAUGCAGAAAACGAAAAAUUGCUACAACGAACUGCAAAUAGCACCGAAGAGCUGCAUAAAAACAAGAAUGUAAACGCCUCAGCUGUUGCAGUGUAGCAGAAAAGUAAUAACGUUGACGACGUGCGGGUGCAGCAUGCUUGCUGCAGCUCCUCCUGGUCAUGUUGUUGUAUUAGUGGACUGUAGAUGAACCUAGCAUUUGAUGUUUCGAUGGAUCGCAACAAGACAUUGACUCGCCUUUAUGAAAAAAACGUUUCUGACGAAGUUGACAUCUUCUUCACGCAUCUGUGUAUUUCGGAUAGAGUUGUAUCUAUAUAAGUACAACUAGAGCCGUUUAUCCAACAUAUCAUGACACGUCGAUGGAAAAAUAUGUUGUUUUGAUGAGUAGCACACUUCAUCAUGACCAUGUUGUGAGUAGUAUCACGAAGAUUAAUAACAUUCAUCAAGAAAUACUAUCUCAGAUGAUCACGCAUAUUUUCGUACAUAAAAAUGUCAGACAACAAGGGAGGCAUCUUCACCUAACGGAAAAAAAGGGACCCAGGUCCGCCUUCUCUCAUUUAAGUGAAAAAGGUAAGAUCGACGUUUGUUCAUGUAUCUGUAGAUACUUUUUGAACAAGAAUGGAAAGAUAUCAGAAUUUCUAUGAGACCCGAUGUUUCUUAAAUUCUAUCGUCCCCAAUGAACUUGGUUCUUCUGUUUGUUGCUUCGAAGAAUCCGAUGGACCCGUGACUCAUGGAACCAGUAACCAUAUGAAUGAAGACAAUCGUUAGUGAACAUGUGAAUAAGAAACCGACAAACCCAUUCUGUGAUUAUUUUAGCAUCAGUAAUUGAGGCCUCCACUUGUGGAAGAACAAUCCUGAAGAAAC